AUGUAUGUUCGAAAUCUUGUGAUGUAUAUUCGAAAUCUUGUGAUGUAUGUUCGAUAAUCUUGUGAUGUAUAUUCGAAAUCUUGUGAUGUAUGUUCGAUAAUCUUGUGAUGUAUAUUCGAAAUCUUGUGAUGUGUGUUCUACAAUUCAGUGAUGCGUGCAAUAAAAUUGCAUGACGCAACAGAAAAGUAAGGACAAUUUUCAUUGGUUAGAAAUAACGAAAGUAGCUGAAGCGUCGGGAAAACCAUGCAGACGAGCUGAUCGCCAACCAGGAGAUCAGAAUGAUAGCAUCUGCUCCUGCCACUUUAAGGAUGGUAAGAAGGAGGGGGACCCUGCAUAUUUUGCAUGGAAUGAAGGAAAGGCCAUGGAUUUCUCUGAUCCUGAAUGUACAAAAAGGAGGAAAAAACUCAAAAGUGAGGAGUCCCUGUCAUCUUCACAGAUGGACCAGUUGCAGAUUCCACAAGCACCAAAAUGUCAAUAUCAAGAAAAAUUGAUAUCAGAGCACAACUACUCAGCAUCCUGCACAUUUAACUGUACUCAAGAAAUGCAGCGCCUCUCAACAGAAAUACAACUGGAAAAGGAAUUGCUUGCCCUAAAAAUAGAGUCUAGUAAAAGGAAGCCAAUAUCAAUCCACGAUAUUAAAUACAACGAAGAGAAGUGUUAGGUCUCUGAUCAGCAGGGGCA